AUGAGUCUCGCAGACCCGCUGCCGGUCAUGGAGACGCCCCUGGUGCGAGGAUUGCGGGAUGCGGCGGAGAGCGACAGCGCUGGGCCGCAGGACCCUCCGCGGCGCGACGCGAUGAUGCUUUCAAGCCCUGCGAACGAGUCUGGCGCGUCCUCUGCUGUUGUGCAACACCCGAACCCUGCCGUGUGCCCCAUGUCUGGCGAUUCGAUUGGCAUCUUUGCCGAGCGUGCGCCGACGGAGGGCACUGGCCCAAGCAUCGCUGCUGCUGCUGCUGCUGCUGCUGCUGCUGCUACUGCGAUGGAAGAAGCUGCGAAUCGAAAUUUGGCGCCAACUCUUGAAUCCGCGUUUGUGUUCGCCCAGUCCACCAAGAAAGAGGAGGACGAAGAGAACUUGAAUCAAGACGUGCCGACUUCUCCAGCAAGACCCAUACUUCAGGAUGCAUCAGCCGAUUCCAGCGUGGAUUCGCCCCGGCGUUCGUCGCGACGCGCUUCAGAGGCUGCAUUGCGCGGAUUGCUCGCACGACCAGCGACGACAACGGCAGCCCAGCCUGCGGCCAAACCAGCCGCUCGCCCCGUGUCGGACAAGGUCAAAAAGUCGCAAGCAUCGCCUGCUUCUACAGGUCGCCCUCGUGGUCGGCCCAAGGGAUCCCUCAAAAAUGGCCAACGCACACUGGCCGCCAUGUUCAAGCAGGCGGCUCCAGGCCAAAGCGACGCGGCGGCAGGGCAGAGUGUUUCCGUGAGCGACAGCUCUGCAUCUGACGAGGAGGCUCAUGUGGUUGCACAAGGGGAAGAACCAUCGUCGUCCGAGACCUCGGACAAUGCCAGCGACGAGGAAAGCGAGGAUAGUGACAAAGAACGCAAAGCACGCACAACGCGCAGCAAGCGCAAAAAGCAAGCAGAACCCAUCGAUGUCGAUGCAAUUCCUGCAUUCUUCUUGACGCCAGCUCAGAGAAAGGAACGGCAGCGGCGAGAACAGCUCGCGGCCGCAGAGCUCCCGCCACCCCCACCGCCGACCGAGGAAGAAAAGGAGGCUGCCAAGCAAGAGGCCAUCCGCCAGUUUCGCGCGUCUCGCCAGGAGGUCUCCGAGUGGGAUGCUCGGAUGAAGCAAGAGUGGGGUCGGUCGAGCGAGGCCUCGGGUGGCGUAACAGCUGUUCGCUCCAUCAACGACGUCUUGAAGAAAUUCCAAUCGCCAAAACCCAGCAGCAUCUCAUCCUCCGAGGCCCACCCAGGCCUUGGCCAAGGCACAUUCCUUGUUGAGGUUGACGAUGCUGCUGCUGCUGCUGCUGCUGCUGAUGGUGCCAACGCUGAACCAGCUGCUUCAGAGGUGUCAUCGCUGGUCGUGGCACCCGUGAAUGAGCGGGAUUUGGUCGACGCCCCUUGGCCGGAAAUUUCGCAUACUCGACAGCUGGUGGUUGAGACUGACGAAGCAACAGAGACCAGCAAGGUCCGAAUCUUCCAAGGCCAGACGCGCCCGCUUCCUGUCGCUGACCAGACUGCCGAACUGUUGGCUCCGCUAGCAAGCUGCCUGACUCCGAGCGAAACAAACUCUCCACAACACACCCUUUCGGCAGCCUCCGCGGUCGAUUUGUCCGAUUCUUCCCAGGCACAUCAGCGCGGAGUGUGGCAUCGUGGUCGGGUUUCGCGAGAUGCCUUCCUGGCCGACGUCUUGCGGCGGCACCCGAGCUUCUCCACCGCCGAAUUGGACUGGAUUCUCUCCUCGUAUGAGCAGCGAGUAGGAUCUGAGCAUGUCGCGUGGACUGACAAGUACAAACCAGCCUGCUCUGCGCACCUCAUCGGAAACCAAGACCCGGCCUCGUUCGUUCGACAGUGGUUGGCCGAAUGGAAGGUCUCCCAGCCCUCCUCGGGUACCCCUGCGGCCUUGAUGCCACUCCUUACACAUCCAUUGGGACUGGGUCCAGCUCCCGCAUUGGGUCGUUCGGCGUUCCUUGGGAAUGCAACUACCAAUCAAAGCAGCGACCUGGUAUCUGGCUCGGAGGCUGACAGCAACGAUGACAAUGACGGCGGCGGUGACGACGACGACGACGACGACGACGACGACGACGGCGAGGCCUCAGACGACUCUGAUUUCGAGACGCCUCGACGCAAGAGCAGCAGGCGCCGCUCUACCAAGGCGAAGCUGACCGCCCGCUCUGCGGCAAAGCCAGCUGCACCAGCGAGUGCCGACGCUCAGCAAGACAUUUGCAACACGCUUGUUAUUUCAGGACCGACUGGCACUGGCAAGACCUCGUGUGUGUAUGCGUGCGCGCAGGAAUUGCACUACAAGAUUUUUGAAGUGAACGCUGCGUCGGAUGUAUCAGGUCGGCAAUUGCUUCACAUGCUGGGCGAGGCGACCCAAUCACACCAAGUGGGGACGUUUAUCGCCACCGCCAAUGCCAACUCGGCCAUCCGAAAUGCCUUUUCCACAUUGCUGGGGUCUGCUGCUGCUGCCGCCGCCGCCCCUUCGUCACCUGCGCCAGCCACCCCUUCAAGCAGUGUGCAAACUCCUCUUCCAUCCAAGGGCAAGUCUAUUAGCAGCUUCUUUUCCAAGCCCUCGCCUGGUGCCUCACCUACACCUGCACCCUCUCUCAAGACGACUGGCAAACGCGCCCUUCCAGCGAACCACCAGGAAGACGCUGAAGAUGGUGGUGCGACUGGCAAGAAAACUAGCCCCGCAACCAACUCCAAACGCCCUCGUCUGGUCGUUGCGGAUGACGAGUGUGCAAACGACGGUGUGACCAGCGGUGAAACUGGCAAUGGCGCUGCAUUGCUGGUAGAUUUGGCAGCUGCCUCGUCCAAUUCGACCAUGCCUGCAGCGGUGGGCAGUCUGUUGACCCCGUCCGCUUCAACGCUGCUGGCCACAUCGUCCUCCUUGUCCUCCUUUGCCUCUUCCAACACAAAGGCCGCUGCCUCUUCUCUGAUUCUGCUCGAGGACACUGGCUCGCUGCUGCUUGAGCAGGAUCGUGACUUUUGGACGGCUCUUGCUUCGCUGCAGCACUCAUCCAAGCGUCCUAUCAUCAUCGUGACCGAUCCUGCCCACCACCAGCGUGUCCUAGACCGGUUGUCCGGUGCUUACCUGACAGCGUCCUUCCGCCAGCCCUCCAACGACGAGCUGACGGUGCACCUGAGGCUGAUAUGCUUUGCAGAAGGGAUUUUAACGUCAGAUGCAGAUAUUCGAGCCAUUGUCUCGCAUUGCAAGAUGGACGUGCGUCGCUGUCUCGUCAUCCUGCAAUUCUGGGCGCGAACCGAGCUUGCGCAGUCGCAGUCCGCGCAUGCGCGCAUUCUCCCGCUUGCGACCGGCUCUGAAUUGACCAACGGGCGCGACAUGUUGCUUGCUCGGUUUACGGAGAAUGUGCUCGGCCUCGGGUUGCAUGUUUCGCCGUACCGCUCCACCCUCGAGUUCCUCUCGACUGGAUUGGGUCGAGACUUGAGCCAUCCUCGUCUGCUCUCGGCUAAGCGGGACUUUGUGGCAGAAUGUGCUUCUCGCUCGCUCGAUAUUGUGGGCAGAAACGCGCUUGACUUGCUGAGCAGCCGAAAUCUCAUCAACGUUCGGCUAAGCACCGCGCCGCCGCCCAACAUUUCGGCUGCGACAGAGCUUACGUCAACGUCCAGCGGUUUUGAGAGCAAGGCCGCUGUUGGCAGUGAUGACAACGAUCUGGAAGCACCCUUGCCAACCUCGGCGCCAAGACGACCGCGGCGCAUUAUUGAUGAUGAUUCCGACGACGAGGAGGUGGAUGUCGUUGCACCGAUGGAGAUUGAGCCCGCUCCUUCACUUGUCGAAGCCGCGGGUUCACAAGCGCUGACGUUGCAACAUGCCGCAGCAUUGGCUAGUAUCGAUGUCGUUGCCGACUUGUGGGAGCUUCAAUCUUGGCAGGAUGCGAUGGUGGUGCGCGAUGUAGCCGACAUGCAAGCACGCUCGACAGACUCGGACGGUCGCUCCGCGCCAAGUGUGGCAGACUGGCUAGACAUGCACGCAUCCAUCUCUGUGCAUGGUCUCCAUCAGGCCGCCCACAAGGGCGAGCUCGUCCGCAAUCAAUGCUCGCAUCUUCUUCAGCAACAGAUGGACACAAGCGAAGGCGUUAGUGAAGGAGUUGGCCCGGACCAGCCACCCUCCGUCUCGUGUCCCAAGACAGACCCAUCCAGUCCGUUAACAGACAGUAUUCAAGAGCUUACGUGGCCUGACGCGACGGUCGCUGCCAUGCGACUUCGUGUGGUUAGUGACUCCAACUACAAGCGAAUUACGCCAUGCGUCUUCCGGCUGUGCUCGCCAAUGUACCACACGCAGCGCCAGGUAGUUUCGACAACACUUAUGCCCAUGCUGAGGCUCAUGUACCAGAACGAGCUCCUUCGCAUGGCGAGCAACUCGAAGCGACGCUUCCAUAGUUACUUUGCAGCGCUCCCGCUCAAGAAGGAAGACACUGCCCUGUUGCAGCAAACUUUCCUCGAAGCGGAGGAUCGGCUCGUCAACACCCCGCUUGCGAGGAUAUGCAUCUAAGACAGUCAUUGUCCCAGGGUCUUGGGCGCUCUACGAUCUUAGCGGUCUAUGAGCUUGUUGGAGCUUUCAACCUGUCGUUAGGAAUAAACUUGUUUUGUUGGC